AUGAUUUGUAAAACAUUCAUUAGAAACUAUGCUAAACCUUCCACCACCAAGAUUGGUGGGAUGAAAAAGAUCGUGGAUAAGAAAAAUCCCACGGCUUUGUUUCAAUUUGGUAAUUUUUCAAAGUUGGUAGUACCUUCUAAGAAACAAAUUGAAAGUAGUAAAGAUAAAGCAGUACUUGAUUUUGAUGCUUUAAGAAUAUUUCCUAGUGUUCGAAUUGCUAUGAAGGAAGAGAUUAAAGAUCUGUACAUCUUGAAAAAUACGUAUCUUAAAAGCAAAGAUGAAUUGGACAUAAAACCCACCCCAGUCCAAUCAUUGGCUAUUAAGAAGAUCAAUCAAGUCAGGAAACCUAAAAAGAUUUCAGAAAGUAAGGAGAUUUUUAAUGAUCUCUUAGAUAACCAAAACAAAAGACUCAAAGUGUUUACUAUUGCUGCUGAAACAGGGUCAGGAAAAACAUGGUCAUAUUUGAGUUGUGUGUUGAGUAAGUUGAAAGAAGAUGAUUUGAAAAUUUUCAAUAAGAGUAAAAGAGAAUAUGUUAAUUCUAGGUCCUUAUCCAAAGUUAGAUCUGUUAUUCUCUUACCUACUAAUGAGUUAGUAGAUCAAGUCUAUUCAACUUUAUCGAAGGCUAAUAACAUACCUUUAAAUUUACCUGAAAAUUUAGAUCCUAAGUUUAUCAAAGAUAAAAAUUUCAGCGAAUUCUUAUAUGAGGAGGCUGCUCACGAUAAACUUGGAUUUAACAUAUUAAAAUGGGGGGCCGGAGAACCAGCUUCUAAGUUCUUCAAUUUCCUUAAUAAAGGAACAGUUGACAUUCUUGUUACAACUCCAACUAAAUUACAAUCUUUAGGUAAACAACAUAGUCAAGAGGAAAAUCCUUAUAGGUUUUUAUACAAUGUUGAUUAUUGUGUUGUUGACGAAGCGGAUACAUUAUUCGAUCCUUCUUGGUUCAAAGACACGACAGCUAUCAUUGAAAAAUUUUCCAAAUGUAAAGAUGUUAUUUUAGUUUCAGCAACUAUACCUAAAAAUUUUCAAAAAUCCAUUGGAAAUUAUUUCAAAGAUACUAUUGAUGUGGUGACAUCUUCUUUACAUAAGGUACCUUCACAAAUCAAUGUUAAAAUCAUUGAUUCUAUGCAAAAUCCUUACAAUGGUAGUAAGAUAAGAGCAUUGGCUCAAGCAUUAUAUGCAAUUCAAAGUGAUAAUACUGAACCUGGUCAAGUGAAAAGGGUUAUUGUUUUCGUCAAUAAUAAGAAAGAUGUUCAUCCUUUGAUUAGUACGUUGUGUACCAAAUUUCAACAGAAUUUGGAUAAUUUCGUGGGAUUAUCUGGUGAUGAUACUCCUCUAGAUAGAGCUGAUAAAAUUCAACCUUUCAUCCAACCACCUGAACCUUUAGAAUUCGACAAGGAAAAAAAUGAAUACCUUGGACAACGUAUGAAAGUUUUGGUAACAACUGAUCUUUUCGCCCGAGGUGUUAAUUUUCAAAGUGUGAAGAAUGUCAUUAUCAUGGAUUUCCCCAAUAAUUCAGUUGAUCUUGUUCAUAGAAUUGGAAGAACAGGAAGGAUGAAACAAAGUGGUAGAGUAUUCAUCAUUACUGAUAAAAAAUCCAGUAAAUCAUGGAUUAAAGCUUUACCCAAUGCCACCAAACGUGGAGUUAGAAUAGGUUAA